AUGGAUUCUGUCAACUUCCACGCGUUGCAAAUCGACCCGGCAAUUUUGAACUCGAGUUGUGUAUACUACGGAAGCAAUCACAUGAAGACAUUUUCAGCAAAAAGUAUGAUAUUUGUCUGCUUCUCCGCAUUGAGAUUCAGUUUUCCAGCUCUCAACUUCAUGCACAUCUCCAUCUCGUGGAUUGUCAUGGCCGUCUCUUUCAUCAGUUGGUACCUCAUUCAAAACGUUCUUUCACAGUUCCGAACUGCUGAGCAGAUGACAAAAGCGCAUUUUUCGCUCGUGAGAGUAAGAAAAUCGUUUCGUUUUCAGUUCGUUCAACUGCUUUUCAGGUUCUGAUCGGACAGACGGCCGUGCCCGCCUUCUCCGUCCUUUCAGUCACACUUUACGCGCUCAUCGGCCACUUUGACAAGACGAAAACCACGUUCACUGAGAAUUUGAUGGGACUUACGUCCGCCCUGCAGUCCGUCGUUUCUCCGAUCGUCACGUUUCUGUUCAUUUCUGAAUACCGGUAUGAACUUCAGAAGAAGAAGAAGAAGAAGAAGAUGUUCUGGAACUGAUAUUGCAGGAAAGCCCUCUUCCGAAUCGUCGCAUUCAAAUCGUAUUUCGUCGUCCGAACGGUCACUCCACAGCCGAGAUUAGUUGUGUAA